AGCGCGUUCUGAGGGGCUCGCGCCGUGACCGCCGGACGCGUAACGGUCGGAUCUGCGGAUUUGAAUUUCUGUGGAGAAAUCUGAGCAUUUCAGAGGGGAUUUUUUUUUACAUUUUCGCCUUUUACGCACAUUUACCGGCCGUUUUCUCGGACUGGAUACAGCUACACUACUUUAAGCGACAUCAGCGACUGUUUUUCACUUUAUUUCUCUUUAUUUUUCCAGUCAGAAAAGAUGUUUAGGGGUUUAGUUUUCCUCAGACGCCCCCCGCCUCCUCCUACUACACGGACCGGCUUUCUCUCGGAGUUACCCGGCUGCUCUCAAAUCUGAUGGGACUUAAAACAAAAAGGGCAAAAAAACUAGUUUUUUUCUGAAUGAUUUUCUUUCAUACAGACAGACCUGCUCUGCGCUUCAGAAGGGAUUUAACACAGCUCCUACUACAAUACUUUUCCCUUUCUUCCUCACCCCCCCUCCCCCGUUUUGAUCUGGAUUUUCUCCCGAAUUAAUCCUAAAAAAAUAAAUAUUCACUAUUUAGUUUUUUUUUCCUAAUUAAGGAAUUAUAAUUGCCUCAAACGUCAGCUGUAAAAAUAUUUUGUUUAAACAUUUUUGGUCGACCUUUUUAGUUUUUAAAUGUGGACCUCAUUUGGGACUGUGUAGUUCCCAAUUUAUUAUUAUUAUUUAAAUUUUUCUUUGUAUAUCUGUGAGGCCGUUUUAAACUGGCUGUAACAGCUAACCUAUGGAAAUCCACUGCAAACACGACCCGUUCGCCGCGAUGCACAGGCAUGGAGGGGUGAAUCAGUUGGGGGGGGUGUUUGUGAACGGGAGGCCGUUGCCGGACGUGGUGAGGCAGAGAAUAGUGGAGCUGGCUCACCAGGGCGUGCGUCCGUGCGACAUCUCCCGACAGCUCCGGGUCAGCCACGGCUGCGUCAGCAAGAUACUGGGCAGGUACUAUGAAACGGGCAGUAUCAGGCCAGGGGUGAUCGGAGGAUCCAAACCAAAGGUUGCUACACCCAAAGUCGUCGACAAAAUCGCAGAUUACAAACGCCAAAACCCCACCAUGUUUGCCUGGGAGAUACGAGACCGGCUACUGGCGGAGAGAGUGUGUGACAACGACAGCGUGCCCAGCGUCAGCUCAAUCAACAGGAUUAUUCGCACUAAAGUCCAGCAGCCGCCCGGCCAAUCAGGAAGCGUCUCUGCUCAUAAUUUAGUCUCCACAGUGGCCGUGACCCAGGUCUCCGCGGUAACCAGUGAUGCUGCAGGCUCCUCCUACUCCAUCAGCGGGAUUCUGGGGAUCAGCUCCGCGGCCGACGCCAGCAAGAGGAAGAGAGACGAAAAUCUUCAGGACUCUUCGUUGGCGAAUGGCCACGCCCACUCGGGGCGGGACUUCCUGCGGAAGCAGAUGCGAGGGGAGCUCUUCACGCCGCAGCAGCUCGAGGUAUUGGACCGUGUGUUUGACCGACAGCCCUACCCCGACCUUUACCCCACCCCAGACUCCAUCAACAACAACCACGGCAAGCCCGCCCAGCAGACAUCGGAUUACUCGGCCAUGGCGUCUCUUGCCGGCGGUCUGGAGGAGAUGAAGAGCAGUCUGGCCAAUCAGACGGGAGCAGAGCUCGGCCCCGGCAUAGCAGGACCCCAAUCGUAUCCACUGGUUUCAGGUCGUGACCUGGCCAGCACCACGCUCCCUGGUUACCCUCCUCACGUUCCCCCGGCCGGGCAGGGCAGCUACUCGGCCCCCUCGCUCACAGGAAUGGUACCGGGAGGUGAAUUCUCGGGCAGUCCAUACUCACACCCACAGUAUUCAACAUACAACGAGUCCUGGAGGUUCCCCAACCCCAGCCUGCUGGUGUUUCAGCAGGAGUACGGUUCUCUUCUGGGCUCAGAGAGAGCAGCUUCAUCAGGCCUUUUCCCCAGCCAGACUCCACAGCCUGCAGGAUCUCCAUACUACUACAGCGCAGCGACGAGGGGGCCAGGACCUGCUGCCGCAGCGACUGCCACUGCCUACGACCGUCACUGACCAUGCCCGAGAGAGGAGGAGGAGGAGCAGAGGAAGACAGAGGAAGAGCAGACGAGCUAGCACCAGCGACAGCCCACACGAGACUGCCUGCACACGAGGAAGAGGAGGACAAGAAGAAGAAGGAAGGAGAAGAAAGAAUAGAGCGAAGAAGAGUAAACAUGUCAUUUUCCUGCCGAUCACAAUCAUCCAAGCCCAUCGACAACUUUCUGCCUACGUCAUUUUAUGCAGACACUCAGACACACACUUUUUAAAACCAAAAAAGACCAAUCCAGGCUAAAUUGAUCCUGAUUUUGAUACAUUUAGAUAAAAACUACAUCUAUGAACACAGGAGCUUCUUCCUGUAUUUACUUUCUUGUUCCAAGGGGUGAGUGCUUAAAGGUUAUAAACUCGUUGACAGAUUCACACUUUAGGUGUGAAAAGUUAGGUGCCCUUCAUUUAUAAUUUCAAAGAGGUGGUUUAAAGAGUUUUUUGAGUCCUCUCAAAUUACCUGAGGCUGCUGUUUUUGCUCAAGUGAGGCUUUUGUUGAAGAUUGCAGAUUGUUUUCAACGUUCUGGGGGCGGGGCCAGGGUCUCCUCCCUCAGUGAAUGCUAUUGGCAAAUAUCUUCAGGGCUUGUGACUGACCGCCUACUCCCAAGAGCUGAAGAAGUGGGAAGGAGAAGGACAGCAGGAGAGUUAGCUUGCAGGCUAUGCUAACAUCCAAACAAAACAGUCUUUUUCUUCGCCCUCCUCCGGCUUUUGGUUGUAGGCGGUCCUUCACAAACCCUGGAGAUAUCAGCCGAUAACAUUGGCUGAGGGAGGAGAUUCUAACUCUACCCACAAACUGUCAAAACCACCCCUUUCUACACUCGAGCGAAAACAGCAGUCGCAGGUAAUUCUCAUAGCGCGCGAGGAGAACUGUGAAUUUGAGAGGGAAAAAACAUCAGAGAGGAGAAAAUGAAGCUUAAGAGACAUAUUUUGUUCAGCGCAUAUUGAUUUUUUUUACCUUUGACAUUGAUGUGACUCCAUAGAUACUUCUUUGGAUUUUCAUUGGACAGUGAUGGAAAUGGCAUAGGUUGGAAAACAUUUUUGGAGUACUAGUACUUUAGUUUAACAAAACCAGAGAACCACACCAACCACAAAUCAAUGCUAAACACAUACCUCAACACACCACAGACACCAUUUUUUUUUCAUUACGUUAAAGUGAAUUUAACCAUAACAACCAACCAACCAACCAACCAACCAACCAGUCCUGGAUCUGGAUCUCCAAUCAAAUCAACUGCAGUGCUUUCAAAGCUAACAUCAUUUUUUUUGUUGCUAAUCAAGAUGUACAGUUCAGCUCAAUCCCUGCUGACGUUGUGACGACGAGAUUCUGACAAAGUACAAGCUGGACUCUUUUCUAAUACACUGGAUUGUAAUCAUGUUGUAUACUGAGCAGCACACAGGAGGGGCGGAGUUGUAGUUUUUUUAACGGUUUUAUAACGGAGCUGAUUGGACGGCAGUAGCCACUCUUCUCCUCCUCCUUCUCCUUCUUCUUCUUUUUCUUUUUUCUUUUUCUUCUGGGUGUAGAUAAAUGCGAAUCACUUGUGUACAGAAUGCCCUGGUCGAGUGUGCGUUUUUUUUUUGUUGUCAGAUUUAAAGCUAUUUAUGAUGGAGACAGAGUAAUAUAUAUAAAUGUAUGUGUAAAAGUUUACCGCGGACACAAGUUAACAGUGCUACGCUACGUUUUGCUACGCUGUGGAACAUCCAACGUUUGGAAGAGUUUUCAGGCUGUUGUAACACUGAGUGUGAGAUGUUUUUUUUUUUUUUGAAUGAGUUUUGUUGAAGUUUAUACACCUUCUAAAAACUCUGUACAGAAACUACAGCUCUAAUAUUCUCGAAUCCUGUUUUUGACGAAAUGCCACCAACCCAUAACAAAAUGUGAUGUCAUUGUCUCCUUUAACGUCCCCAAAGAUUCCAUCCAAGCUCCAUCUCCAAUAAAUAAAGCACAGAGACAAAUCAUAGCAGAGAUAUAUACGUACUAAACCACCUUCCCGUUCAAACUGCGCCAAGACAAUGCAUGAAACCGAGGUGAAGGCCUUACCAAACUCUACGGAUUCUCGAUCCUGUUUGUGACGCCAUCGACCAUGUAAAGCCGUUAUCGUGUCUCUGUGUGUCCUUCUAAGAUGUAUUAUAAGGCUAUUAUAAGGCUAUUCAGCUAUCGUUUGCCACCACCAGAGCUUUUUUCGAACCCAUCGUUGACCUAUGUAUCCAUAUCUAACUUUAGAUUCUAGAGGAAAAGACCAGCGUGUCUUUAUUUAGCUAUUGUCUGUCUGUGAUGUGCAUUUCCCGGUUGCUUUUCUUUUUACCUUUCUCUCUUUUUUUUUUGUUUUUUUCAUUGGUUUGAAUACCCUGUGCAUUGCUGAGUAGCUUUUAAGUGGACGAAACAGUGUAUGUAGGUAUAGUAGCAAUUCACAAAAGACACCAAAACCUUGACGUGAAAUGUGAAAACAAAACAAAACAAACAAACAAAUAAAAAAACGAACGGAAUAUAUCUACGAAUAUACAGUACAGUAUAAAUAUAUAUAUAUAUAUAAAGAAGCUGAUAGUUUUGACCUUUUUUAUGUUGGACGUUUCUGGCGUGUGAGGUAGUGUUAGGAUUACCUUCGUUUGUAGACCUUAAGUUGCGCGUUAUGCAACUCUAAAGAAACCCUUGAUGCCGUUCACCGCAGUGCUACUGGUGAACUUUGACCUUUUAACCUUUUAGCCGGAGGCAUUAUGAACCUGAAGUACACCAGCUGAAAUCGAGGACAGUGCCUUUACUUUUUCUACCGAGUCACAUCCACAAUGACCACGCGUCACUAAAAUACUGAAAAAAGCAACACCCGCCCGCAUGACAGACAGGUCAUGUGAUUUGACAGACAUGUGAUUUGACAGACAUGUGAUUUGACCCCGCCCACCAACCAACAAUCAACAAUCAAUGCAGUGCCACUGACCAGAGAGUUGUGUUUCAGACUGAAGAGACCGAGCGAAAGUUCUUAAAACGCAAUCAGACUACGCGGUUAAUCAACUACCUAAAGAAACCAAACGAGAGGUCAAUCAAACGUUCGUCAAGCUCUUUUUUUUUAUACACUAUCUGACAUUUCUUCCGCUAUGCUCUUAAAUAUAAACGAUUCCCUGCACAAUUCUAUACAAAAACACAUUUGUUUCCUUAAAAGUAAUACAUUUUAAAGUUCUGGGAAGAAGCCUUCAAUUAGGGUAGAAUUAGAACCUC